AUGGGAAGCGUCGACGGUCUGCACUAUUGGCAGGUUAACGUCCCUGAAAAUGAACGGACGGAAGAGUGUCCGGAAUUCCUCCGCAGCCUGAGCGUCAAGGAUAUCGGCAUUAUCGGCACUCCCGACUCGGAGUACACAGUGUCGACGUGGCCAGAGGUACAGAACAUAGUAGCCGAGAACCGGUUAGGAUCGUUUAGACGUAUCCCCUCUGACCUGCGGCGGUACCUUGAGUACACAUGGAAGUUGAAGAGAGACUACGGUAGCGUCAUGAAUUUCGUCUUAACACAGCGGCUGCACUGGGAGGCACCUGUGAAGUCUAGAGGCAAGCCAUUCGAGUUUGAAGACGACAUCAAGAUCCUGUGGAACGACUGGCCAUAUGGAAUUGAUGAUCGGAUCGUUCAUCUUGUUGUAUGGACCAAGUUUGAACUACCUGAGGAUCCCGUCACGACGGAUCUGACUGACGAGGCUCGGGCCGAGAUUGAUGGAUACGUGCAGAAGACGUUUGGAUCUAGGGUCCCGAAAGAUCGCUACAUCUGGUUCAAGAAUUGGAGGUCGCUGAAAUCCGUCCAAGCCGUAGAGCAUUUUCAUGUCAUGCUCUUCGAUCCGGAUCCCAAGUUUAUCGAUGAGAUUACGAAUGGCGACAUCCCGUCUUGCCGCAAGGUCUGA